UUGCUUAUGUCAGUGAGACAUUACGUCCGGACGUCACAACAAAACAUGUCCAGAACAGAUAUAAGUUAAUUUUAAUUAUAUAAGCGACCUUCAUGACAGACGCGGCAGGCCUGCAGGCUGAAUCACUAAGACGUGCUCAAUCCCCGUUCUACAAGAUCUGCGCCAAGGAGUUCUGCUGCAGCGGAGUAGGUUGGCUCGUCAUCCUGGGACUCUCCAGCACCUUCAUAGCGUUCAGCGUGUUGAUGGUCAAAUUCCUCAAUGAAGCCAAACCUAUAACAUUGUCCAGCAUCAAAAGCGCGUUAUGGGCCAGUCAAGAGCCGAGGGUCCAGCCUAUGGAAACGCGCUCAGGGUUCAAGGACGACUCCGCGGAGAAGACUCGUGGUUCGGAAGAAACUUCAGGUGUAUCAUCAUAACUGGGAUCUCGUUGUCAGCUGUCGGUGUGGUCAUUAUUUUAAUCAUCGCUAUGGUCAAGUACUAUGCUUGAAAUAAAUUGAUUUAGUUUUAAA